GGUCGUCGACAGUGUGAUUGCCAUUCAUCGUCUUGCAUUCGAGAGGAGCAGCGCGUACCGAACUGGGAAUCUCAAAACAUUGACAAGGACUGGUUUCGGGGAACGGAGCAACGAUAAUCGUGAUGCGAGCCUGUAUCUUCAUCAUAGGUCUGCUCGGCGUCGUUUUCGAAGCGAACGCUCUGUACGACUCCAGAGACGAUGUCGUCGAGCUGACACCGGAUACUUUCAGCAAGCGUGUCCUCAACGGAGACCAAGUAUGGAUAGUGGAGUUCUUCGCACCCUGGUGUGGUCACUGCAAGAAUCUCGCACCCGAAUACAAAAAAGCAGCGCGAGCUCUCAAGGGCAUUGCUGGAGUCGGAGCUGUGGACGCAGACCAACACAAAUCUCUGCCUGGUCAAUACGGAGUCCGAGGCUUUCCCACAUUGAAAAUCUUCGUACCUGGAAAUUCUAAACCUAUCGAAUACCAAGGCGCCCGAACCGCUGAUGGCAUCGCCGAUGCCGUUCUCCGCGAAAUGAAAAAUCUUGUCAACAAGAAGCUCGGCAAAAGUUCCGGAUCUGGCGGUUCAUCGUCGGGAUCCGGGGGCUCAGGAAACGACAAAGACGUGGUUCAACUGACGUCGGAGAACUUCCGGAAAUUGGUGCUCGACUCGAAGGACAUCUGGCUCGUCGAGUUCUACGCUCCAUGGUGCGGACACUGUAAAAACCUUGCGCCUCAUUGGGCUAAGGCCGCAACUCAGUUGAAGGGGCAAGUGAAGCUCGGAGCCGUUGAUUCCACGGUCUACCAAGAACUCGCUCAGGAAUACGGCGUUCGCGGCUAUCCGACGAUCAAAUACUUCCCCGCUGGACCUAAGGACAGCAACUCGGCUGAGGAAUACAACGGCGGCCGAACUGCAGACGAUAUCGUUGCCUGGGCAUCUGAGAAAGCAGCCGAGAACGCUCCUCCACCCGAGGUUGUCCAGCUUACCAACGAAAAGGUUCUCAACGCCGCUUGCUCGGACAAUCAGCUCUGCAUCGUGGCCGUCUUGCCGCACAUCUUGGAUUGCCAGUCCUCAUGCCGGAACGAUUUCAUCACCGAGCUCAAGAAGCUUGCCGAAAAGUACAAGAAACAGAAAUGGGGCUGGGUAUGGUCGGAAGCCAUGGCUCAACCGAAAGUGGAGGAAGCUCUCGAGAUCGGAGGAUUUGGCUACCCUGCACUCGCUGUCAUGAACUCACGUAAGAUGAAGUACUCGCUCAUGCGUGGCUCGUUCUCCUUCGACGGAAUCAACGAGUUCCUCCGGGAAGUUUCCUUCGGAAGAGGACGCAGCGCGCCUGUGGCUGGAGCGAAAUUGCCCGAAGUCCAGUCGAUUGAAGCAUGGGACGGAAAAGACGGCAAGCUUGAUGAGCCCGACGAUAUUGAUCUCUCCGAUGUGUCCCUUGAUGAGGAAGAAAAUCCCGCGAAACACAACGAGCUUUGAGCUGACCCGCGGAGCAUCAACAACCGUUCUCUUCCACAUGGUCUCUCUGUAAAGGCGUUGUCGCGUUCCAUCCCUCGCGGCAUCGAGCUGUAAUUUUGUAACUUCUGGGGAGGGUAGGAGUCAUGGAACACGGAAAAUCAAGGUCGGAACGCGCAGAGAGAUAUAUUUUUCUUCUCGAUGAAUGCAGGCUGCGAGCUUCUCCUGAAUUCAGGAAAAUGCUCCUUCGGAAACUUCAACAACUCAUUUGUUUGCUUGUCGCAACUCACAUGAAUUUUCUGACUGUACAUACAUAGCUUAGCGGAUUAAAUAAAAGAGCGAAAUCCAUUUCCAUCAGAUGGAUUCCGCAGGCGAAUGUCUA